UUCAGAUACGUGAUUGGUUUACGGAGAAAGAAGAUAUGAUACGCCAACAGAUCGUUGUAGUGGGUGAUGUAGAUAACAUCCUUCAACUCAUUAACAAACAAAAGUCAGUUUUGAGGGAGCUGGAACAAAAAAAGCCACAAUUGGAUGAACUUGUACAUACAGCAGAGAAUCUGCGUGCGGACACUAACCGACAACAACUCCAUGGCAAGGUGACGAAAUUACGCGAACAUUGGGACGAAACAAACUCCAAGGUUCUGCAACGCAAAAGUCAAUUAGACGCGAUGUUGGGCGACAGUCAGCGAUUCGAUGCGAAGCGUAGCGAGGUCGAAAUCUGGCUUUCACGAAUGGAGAAUCGAUUGGAAAUAAUGUGUGCAGUUGGAUAUACGGCUGAUGUUCUGGAAGCUCAGUUACGAGAACAAAAGUCAUUUCAUGCCGAACUUCAUCAAUAUAAACAUCAAAUUGAGCUGUUCAAUUCAUUAACGCAAAAUCUGAUUGCAGUAUAUCAGCAAGAUGAUACUACACGUAUAAAAAAACUUACGGAAACAAUUAAUCAGCGAUAUAAUAAUCUUAACACUAGUAUUAUUAAUCGUGGAAAGUUAUUACACUCUGCGAUGAAUUCAUUACAUAAUUUUGAUCGUUCACUGGAUAAAUUCCUUGCUUGGGUCAGCGAAGCCGAGUCGUCAACAGAAACGCUGGAGACUGAAGCUGUUCGACUAUGUGGACGCAGAGAUCAGACAGCUCUGACUCGCUCACAGCUUCAGUAUAAGGAUCUUCAGUUGGAAAUUGAAACACAUCAUGAUGUAUAUUCGUCACUUAACGGUACCGGACGAAAACUUUUGAGCUCUCUUGCUAGUCAGGAUGAUGCAGUAAUGCUCCAGAGACGCCUUGAUGAAAUGAAUCAGCGAUGGCAUCAUUUGAAGGCAAAAAGCAUGGCUAUUAGGAAUCGCCUAGAAAGUAAUACCGAACAUUGGAAUGCGCUUUUGCUGUCCUUACGCGAACUUAUCGAAUGGGUAAUACGAAAGGAUACUGAAUUGUCUGGCCUGGGUCCAGUCUGCGGUGAUAUUGGAGCCCUUCAGAAACAGCAGGAUGAUUAUCGAGGAUUUAGGAGACAACUGGAAGACAAGAGACCACUUGUCGAAAACAGUUUGCUUAGCGGUCAACAGUAUAUUUCAAAUGAGCUGGCUUUAUCAGAUACUUCAGACACAGAAAUCGGUCUAGAGUUUGACGGCAACUCUCGUGGUUAUCAGAGUACCGAGGAACAAGCGCGUGAGCUUACAAGUAGCAUACGCCGUGAAGUGAGUAAGCUCUCGAAGCAAUGGAAUGCCCUUAUCGAGCGUAGUGACUCUUGGAAGCGAAAACUUGACGACACAGCUACGAAAUUAUGCAUUUUCCAAAAGUCAUUGGAGGAGGUGUCAUCGCAAAUAGCUGCUGCAGAAGCAAUUCGAAGCGGAUGGCAGGCAAUCAACAUUACCGAUAUCGAAUCCACAGAGGAGCUCGAACAGCUGCAGAAAUUUGGUGAUCGUCUUGCGCCCAUUCAAAGGCUUAUUGAUGAAGCCAAUGAGCAAGCGAGUGCCUUCGUGUCUAGCAAUGUCAUUGUCUCGCAUGCGCUACUUACUAAACACGAAAACCUCAAUACCAGAUGGAAGGUACUUCAGGUGUCGGUUGAAGAACGCUACAAAUUAUUAAAUGACUUUGGGAAAGAUAGCGCUCCAGGUAGUCAAACAUUCCUGGCGAGUAGCGUCGAAGCGCCAUGGGAAAGAGCGCUCACGCCUGCCAAAGUGCCUUACUAUAUCAAUCACCAAUUAGAAACAACGCAUUGGGAUCAUCCAAAAAUGAUAGAACUCAUGUCUUCACUAGGAGACCUUAAUGAGGUUCGUUUCUCUGCGUACAGAACAGCCAUGAAAUUAAGAACAGUGCAGAAGCGACUCAACUUGGAUAUGCUUAGCCUCUCCACUGCACUGGAACAAUUCGACUGCCACGGUCUCCGAGCUCAGAAUGAUAAGCUAAUGGUCACAGUUCUUAAUUCAAUUUACGAACUUAUUAUUGCUGAAAAUCCAACCCAAAUGUCUAUAUCACUCUGCAUAGAUCUUGCGAUUAAUUGGUUACUUAACGUUUACGAUAGCCAAAGAACAGGUCAAAUUCGAGUUCUAUCUUUUAAAGUUGGAUUGGUAUUACUUUGUAAAGGAUAUUUGGAAGAAAAAUACAGAUAUCUUUUUCGACUAAUUGCUGAUUCGAAUCGCCUUGUGGACCAACGAAAACUUGGACUACUUCUCCAUGAUUGCAUUCAAGUACCUCGGCAGCUUGGGGAGGUUGCAGCCUUCGGGGGAUCAAAUAUUGAACCUUCGGUGCGUAGUUGCUUUGAAAAAGCUGGUAGAGACAAGACUGAAAUUGAGGCAGUAAAUUUUUUAAGCUGGUUGCAACAAGAGCCCCAAAGUAUGGUGUGGUUACCAGUAUUGCAUCGACUUUCUGCGGCUGAAAAUGCCAAACACCAAGCCAAAUGCAACAUAUGUAAAGAAUAUCCAAUUAUGGGUUUCCGUUACAGAUGUCUUAAAUGUUUCAAUUUCGACAUGUGCCAAGGAUGUUUUUUUUCAGGAAGAAAGGCCAAAAAUCAUAAGCUUACGCAUCCAAUGCAAGAGUAUUGCACAGCGACAACAUCCGGUGAAGAUGUGCGAGACUUUACGCGCGCUUUGCGUAACAAAUUUAAGUCAAAACGAUACUUUAAAAAACAUCCACGAGUUGGUUACUUACCAGUGCAAACAGUUCUUGAAGGUGAUGCUUUGGAGAGUCCGGCGCCAUCACCGCAGCAUAACUCACUCAGCCAGGAUAUGCACUCACGUCUUGAAAUCUAUGCUUCCCGAUUGGCAGAGGUUGAAUUAUCUCGUACUCGAAGUAAUUCAACACCUGAUAGUGAUGAUGAACAUCAACUAAUAGCUCAUUAUUGCCAGAAUCUUAAUGGUGGCGAUGGAUCCAACGUACCGCGUAGUCCAGUACAGGUAAUGGCGGCUAUUGAUGCUGAACAACGUGAAGAGCUCGAGGCAAUGAUUCGUGAACUAGAAGAGGAAAAUGCAACGCUACAAGCGGAGUAUGAGAGGCUACGUUCAAAGCAAACGCCAGGCUCGACACCGGAAGAUGGCGUUCAUUCGAGUCGACAACCCGACUGUGAUAUGAUUGCUGAGGCGAAGCUGUUACGACAGCACAAAGGACGGCUUGAAGCACGUAUGCAAAUACUCGAGGACCAUAACCGACAGCUUGAAGCGCAAUUACAGAGACUAAGGCAACUUCUCGAUGAUCCGAAUGCAUCAUCCCCGUCUAAAACUGGAACACUACAAACACGAAGUGUAACGGCUUCGCAACUAGCUACUGAUUCUCCUGCUAAAAUCAAUGGGCAUUACCAUGAUUCAUCAGCUGGUGGUGAAGGUUCGGGAGAUGGUCAAAUAAACAGCUUAGAAAGGCCACCGCCGCCGCCUCAUUCUCACGGCAUAAAUCAUAAUGUGGGCAACCUCUUACACAUGGCAGAUGACUUAAGCAAGGCUGUUGGUGACUUAGUGACCAUAAUGACUGAAGACAGUAAGCCAGAGUUAAAUAGUCAGCAACAGCGAGCUCCACCACCUGCGUUCAAGUAGUGCAUAAGCAAAAUAAUAAAGACAAACACAAAUUUUCACAAAGUAUCACUUGCAACUAUAAGCAUAUAUAUGCGUAGAACACAAAUUCAUACUCAUACUUAUUUAUACAUAUAUACAAUUACAUACGUAUAUGGAAAUAAUCAUUGAUUUUAAUUUAAUCCAAUGGUGGAUAAAAAAUAUUAAACAUAAAUUAUAAAUUAUAGAUCUAGAAGAUGAAGAGAAAGCGAGUCAUCACAAUCAAUGUUAUUAAUUGUCUAUUAUGCUACUAAUUAUUAUUUUGAAUCAGUGACCAAAAGUAAUGAAUUUAAAUUAUUUUAUAUCAGAGAUAUGAUACUUACAGAAAAAUGGUAAUGUGUAUUAUAAAAAUGUAAAUGAAAAAUGUUACACUUAUAUCAGAUCAAAAAAACUAAGAUAAAUUUUUUAAUACACAAUCCACAAUGUUUUUAGGUAUUUUAUAAAUUUGUUGUAUAAGUGAAGGAAUUACUCUUUUUAUUGAAUAGUGGCAAAUUAAGAAAAGAACAAAGUAAUUUUUCCGCGCUUCAUUUGCUAUAGCUAUUUUAAAGGAUAGUAUCUUUUAAAGUAGGUAUUGUGAUUCGUCAUAUCAUUGCCAAAAAAUAAAUGAGAAAAAUUCCAGAAAUGGAAUAAUGUGAUGUACUAUAAUAAUCAGAAAAUAAGCGAACCAAUUGUUAAACAUCUAUUAUAACUAAGAUUACUACACUUAUCAAAAAAACGUAAAAAAGUAAUCAAAUUUGAAGUUGAGAUAAAAAAAGUAAUUCUAAA